ACAGCUCAAACUGAAGUGUUCAUCUUGGAUAGCACAACUUUGCUCCUAACACAACAAAACUCAUCAGUAUGGAGAGGAUGAUUAUUUUCUGUAUGCUCUUCUUCUGUUUCAGUAUGGUGCUGACUGCAACUUCACCAAAAGCAAUGAAAUACAAGCAGCUUUCAAAGACAAUUGACCAUCUAAAAGAUGUGGUGAAAGAUAAGGAUGUCGAAUUGCUGCAUACACCAGAAAACCCUGGGGAUGGAUGCCUGCUCACAGCUGUAACCUGCUUCCAGAAUGGCAUACUGAAAUUACAGCCAAGAAACAGCCAAGUAAAUGCUACAUUCGCCAAAACUGUGAAGAUCUUGAGAAGACCUUUUCUCCCAGUCUCUGAAGAGCAUUGUGAGUCUUCAUGUGAAUCCUACGAGAGAAAAAAACCCCAAGAGUUUCUGAACAGCUUUUCAAAACUGAUGCAAAAGUUAUUCAAGAACUCCACAGCUGAACGCUACGGAAAAUCUACUAUUUGAAGCAGACACUAUGCUAUUUAAGACAAUGUGAAAAAUGUAAAUAUUUCUCGUUGCUACUCUGCUGUGCUGUGUGUGUGGUAAGUGAAAGCUUCUCCCCAGAAUAUUAGGGAGGCUUAUUUGGAUGGCUAAGCAUAAGAAUGAUGCUGAUUUGAAAGUAAUCCUAGCCUCAUCUCACAGUGAAAUUCAAACAGUAAUUUCACAAAACAAGGCUCACCUAUGGGACUUUGCUAUCACCUUAUGCUGAACUAGAAAUGCACGAGAUGGCUGCUUGUCUAUUUUUGCAUUCAUCUCAAAUGCAUCUCAUACGUAAGUGUCUGAAACAUUUUAAAGAAAACAGACAAAAAAUUAUCAGUAUGUUUGAAAACUCAAGCUUCUACUUGGACUGAUUUCUACCACAAUAAUACCACACACACAAUUUUAUUUGUAAGUUUUUAGAUUGUAUCUUAGCUCACUAUGAAAAAAAUAUCCUGCAUGUAACUAUCACGGAACUAGUGGAAAAACAUUUACAGAUCAUACUGUAUGGUAUGGGUCUGACAUGCUUCCACGUUGAAGUUAAUGGCACAUUUGUCCCUGGUUUCAACGGGGAAAGAGUUAACUCAAAUGCUUGAAGUGGAGAUGUAGAAUUCUCUGGGGAAAAAACUUCUGUGGGGAGACAGAAUUCCACCUCAACUACUUCAAGCUAACGUGGUAAAUUCAUGGCUGAUAUGACUGGCCACUGCAAGAGAUCCAGCAAAUACAGUAACUGAUGAUCGUUCAGAGUGACGCAUCUCAAAAACUUAUUUCCUCUCUCAGAAUAUCUUACUCUUAUAUCCAGGUACCAUAACACUAUUUCCUCUGUUCACUCUUGAUUCCAGAAUGGUUUAAAUAGCAUUUUUUUCUCUAUAACCUGUCAAGUUUUUGUUAUGUGGAAACUUCACUGUACAGCUUCUGCACCUUGUAUGUUUCUGUGAAACUCUGGCCAGAGACAGCACUGGCUUUUCAUUUUUUAUUUUUAUUUUUAUUUUUUAAUAAAAGUAAGUAUCACAUCACUUAGAACUAGUUUUUAGCAACUUAAUUAUGUACGACAAUAUUCUGCUUGCCAUGACUUUGUACCUUGAGACUUCUGUCUGUGAAGCAGCUAUUAACUUACCCUCCAAAGAGAUAUUAGCCCCUCAAAACACUGCUCUUGGAAGGGAGUGUGAAGACUUCUAGUAAAAAUUAACCUUCCAUCUAACUUUCUCUCUACUUAGUAGAAACACAGUAUAGAAAGGAAACUGGAAAACUAUACUAAUUGUUACAAUGGAAAACGAUAAGCUUAGUUACCUCCAGAAAUAGUGAGAGGUACUAUUAAAAAUAUUUCCUUUCUUAUAAUUGUCAGCCUAUAGGAAAACUAACAGAAAAAGCUUUUUUUUUUUUUUUUUGCCUCCACAACUUUACUGUCCUGAAAUGUGAACUUCUUCAAAACACACAUACGUUAAGAGGAAGAAGGAAUAUCCUCAGGGCAACAGUGAACAAAGUUUCCACAGCAAGUUCUCUUUUGCUUUCCAUCUCCUUAUUUCUGGCGGAUGACAAUUUUGCUUCAGAUUGUCUUUCUUUUAUUUUUUGCUUUUCUUUGUUUCAAAAACUGUUUUUCCUCCGAGUAAUGUUCCACUGUAUCUCAGUGUUUCUGCAUUACUGAAUGAAAAUUAACAUUCUAAAAAUGAACUGCCUCUUGUAUGUACGGAGAAAGAGCUUUGUUUUUGUACAAAAUAUAAGGUAGGCUUUUUUUUUUUUUUGAUUUGUAAAUCUCUUUUCCAGUAAUUCGAUAUGUGCAUUCAAAUCAGUAUUUUACAAAACCCUGUUAUAAUUACUGUUGCAGAGAUGAAAUGUGAUUAGUAUGCUUUGUUUAAGAGAACACUGCGCAUUAUAUAUUUACUAGUAAUCAUUAUAAAACAUUGAGAAGCAGCUCUUAACAUGAGAUGGAUCUCUUAAGAGAAAAAAAUGCCAUUUCCUUACCAGAAAAUCAUAAGCUAACUGGUUAUUCCUGCCUACACUGAAACAGGUUGUUGUUGGUUAUUUGUUUGUUUGUUUGUUUUUGUACACAAGGCAGCAUGUAACGAACUAAGUAAUGUAGCUAUUUCUGUUCAGUGACUUGCCCCACUGUUUUUAAUUUAUGGAUCAUAUCACAGGAAGUGUAGUGGCUAAAGGGUGGUUGGUAGGUUUUCUGAAUCUCAAUAUACUCAUUUGUAAAGUAAGACCAUUUCUCAGAUCUGCAGAAUAACUUCAAUCAAACUGCUAAAGUCGUGAUUAAAAAAACAAAGAGCGAGAAGCUGUAACAAAUCUAACUUAGAGGGUUAAUUGUCCCUAAAUCCUGGAGAAAACUGUAUUGAUUGGAUAAUCCAGUUCAGACAUAUGGGAAAAAUUAAUCACAACAUUCUCGCAGUUGCUCUUAGUUAAUGCCACUCUUCUGGGCAGUGCCAGCACAGUCACUCAGAACGCUCUGUACAUUUAAAAUACACUUAAGACUCACACAGUGCUGAUGCCUCUUAUUAAGUUUUUGACUUGUGACAGCUAUGAAAGAUUGAGUGUAUUAUUCAAGGAUGUACUAUUUUAAUCCCAAAUGAAGAACAAGAAAGCAGCGAAGGACAGAUCAGUCUUCAAGGCGACAUCACCUUGUUCUUCAACACUAUUCUCAGGAAAACAAUAUGAAGAUGGCCCAACUCGUGAUGUUGGGAGGACUGGUUACCACAAUUCUAGACGUGAAACAACCUUGAUGUAUUUUUAUUUGUAAGGUGAACUCUCUUUGUACUGAAUGCAUUGUUAGAAGAAUGUUUCUUUAGCUGAGUACACAGAGUAAGCCAUAAAAGCUCAUUACCUCCCAGGGAGGUUUAACAGUGUAUUUAUGAUUUUGGUCAUUAAGUGUCCAUUGUGGGCACUUCAAUAUGUGUCUUAGCACGGUAUAUACAAUUCUGUAUAAUAUUUACUUUUCUUGAGAAGUUUCUUUAUUAUUAUACCAAUUGUCUCAUUUAAUUUAAUUAUUUAUUGUAUUUUGUGAAUUGAACGUUUAUACUGAGGACUUCAUGGUUUGACUUAUUUAUACACCUAUGAUAUUAAAUAAUUUUAGCUAAUACAA